AUGCCCUCAGCGGUGCACCCUUUCAACCUGUCCUGGCAGCUCACGUCCUGGUUCUGGCUGCCCCUGAUCAGGCGGCUCCUCCCAAAGCCAUGCGUCAUGGCCCCCGACUGGGCGUGGAACACGCGCCAGGAGAACUUUGACAGGCUGGGGACCGAGUCGUUUCUUGUUGUCAGCGCCGAGGAGAUUACGCUGUUCAGCGAGAGCGCCGAAGUCGUUGAGCAGGUCAUGCACCGCCGCGAGGCCUUCCCCAAGGACACGGCCAAGUAUGACGUGCUCGCCAUGUUUGGCCGCAACGUGCUCACCACCGAGGGCGCCCUCUGGCGCAUGCACCGCAAGGUCACUAGCGCCAGCUUCAACGAGAAGAACGCCGCCAAGACCUUUGCCCAGGCCAUCGCCCAGACCCAGGGCCUGAUCGGCACCUACUUCGGCUCGCCCGCCCAGGAGCGCGCCGGCACCACUGGAACCAUCACCUCGCUCGAGCACGACGCCAUGACCUGGGCUCUCAACACCAUCGCCUACGUCGGUUUUGGCCUGCAGCUGCUCUGGCCCGGCCAGGAACUCCCCGGCGACAUCGACCCCAAGCUGGCCAAGUACGGGAGCCUGGAGCCCCCCCCCGGCUACACGAUGAACUUUGCCACGUCGCUGGCAACGGUGCUCCACAGGAUAAUUGCCCUGCUGGUCUUUCCCGUGCCCGUGUUGAAGCUGCUGCCCUUUGAGUGGGCCAGGCAGGCGUGGUCGGCCAAGGAGAACUACUCAAAGUACAUGGACGACUUCCUACGCGAGAAGCUGGACGAGGUGCGCCGGGGCGACAACGCGCAGGUGGGCAUGGACAUCAUGGGCCAGCUGGUGCGGUCCAAGUACGAGCAGUCGCAGCUAAAAAAGUCGGACGGGGCCAAGCAGCUCGAGGACAGCGACAUUGUCGGCAACGCCUUCAUCAUGACCCUCGCGGGCCACGAGACGACGGCCAACAUCCUGCACUUCCUCCUCAUCGAACUGGCCACUAACCCGGGGGCGCAGCGGCGGCUGCAGCAGGACAUUGACGCGCUGUUCGGGGAUAGCGACCCGGCGGCGUGGAACUACGAGGACAAGAUCAGCGCCGUGCUCGCCAGCCACAUCGGCGCGUGCGUCAAUGAGACGCUACGGCUGAUGCCGCCCGUGACGGGCAUCCCCAAGAUCGUGUCGGCCGACGGCGACCAGACCAUCACCAUCGACGGCAAGCCCCACGUGCUGCCGGUGGACAUGACCAUCAGCCUCCUGGCCGUGUCGGUGCACCGCAACCCGCGGUGGUGGCCGACCAGGCCGAGCGAGCGGUCGGGCGCAGCGACGGACCUCGACGACUACCUGCCCGAGCGCUGGUUCCGACCGAGUCUGACGCCCAGCAACAGCAGCAGCAGCAGCAGCAGCAGCAGCAGCAACAACAGCAGCAGCGGGCCUUCCACGGCGGCGAACGAAGCGCAAGAGGACUACGGCGGGUUCCAGGGGUCGGACACGAGCGCGUCGCUGUACCGGCCGGUGCGGGGCAGCUUCGUGCCGUUCAGCGACGGGCCGCGGUCGUGCCUGGGACGGCGCAUCGCCAUGGUCGAGAUGGUGGCCGCCGUGGCCACCAUCUUCCAGAGGCACAGCAUAGAGCUCGCCGUCGACGAGUUGGCUACGGACGACGAGGUCGGCACCAUGGGCGCCGAAGAGCGGCGCCGCGUCUACGCCAAGGCGCAGUACAGGAGCAGGGACACCCUCCGGCAGGCCACCUCCAUACUGACACUCAAGCUGCACGACGGCAAGUUCGUCCCGUCCCUCAAGAAGAACGACCUCGAGCUACAGCUCGACGAGUACCUCUCGGAAAACGCGACGCAGUUCCAGUCGAACCCGCGCCUCGGACCCUACUUCAACCUUCGCGCGCGCACCGCCGGGUCGCCCGUCAAGCGUGAGGCCCCCGAGCUCAAGGUGUCCAAGCGGCGGGCCACCAAAGCCGCCGACGAGAUUGUAGCCGUUGAAACCCCCAGCGACGACGAAGACUCGCAGUCGACAACGACAGGCGCCGCCGCCGCCACCACAGGAGCAGCCACGUCGCGGGCGGCGUCGUCGACGUCGACGGCGCUGGCGCGCACGCCGGGGCGGGCGCUAGCCCUCGCUAGCCGGAUCCCGCUGCCGGCGACGCCGGCGGACGUGGCGAGCGCGGUGGACCGGGGCACGGUGGUGGUGCGCGAGCGCGUGGCGUCGCUGUACGCGGGGUCGGGGAUCGGCGAGGCGACGGCGGCCACGCGCGAGUCGCUGUCGACUGUGCGCGCCGUCGUGCUGGCCGUCGCCGCCUUCGAGCUGUACUUCCUGCGCCCCGAGGUCCUGCCCGACCGCUACGCCUUCACCGUGCCUGCCAUCAAGUUCCUCGGCACCCCCGACGUCCCCGUGUCCCUGCCCGACAUGUUCGCCCUGCUGACGGCCUCCUUCUGGGGCCCCGCCCUCACCUGGGCCCUCACCAGCUGGCUCGUCCCCAGCCUGCUGGGCUAUCUGUUCAACCUCAGCGCGGCAGCCAACAGCAGCAGCACUACUGGUUCGAGUGUAUACAACACGCGCGGCCGCCCAUCGUCGGCUGCUGCCCGCGCGGCCGCCGGCGCAGAGUACGUCGUCGACCCGCUCACGUUCAGCAUCGCCAAGGCCCUCGCCACGUACGUCGUCUACGCCCAGGGCGUCACGUUCGGCGGCUGGCUCGAUCCGCAAGCCGUCGCCCGCGUCAACACCGCCCUCUACAGCGGCUGGAAGGGCGUGCUCGUCGGGUCCGCCAUCACGGGCCUGACGGCUGUUUAUGAUGCCGUGUUGAGGAAGUGA